AUGAAAACACGUGCAUUCCAAUACUUGAGAACAGCGGUUGUCUUGUAUCUCGGUGGAAUCCUCAUUGUAAAUAGUAUGCGUAUCAUCAUGGUGUGGUUCCUCUAUUGGGUAACCUUUAGUGUUUCCGAACCAAUGUCAAUGGUUAUGCUCGCUUUCCUUUGUAUAUUAUUUAGACCAUAUUCAAGAAAUCCAAUAUUUUCAAGCUCAAAUUUAGAUUCAAUGAGUUUAGUAGAGUUAACAAGAAGUUUAGCAGAGAUAUCUUCACAACAACUGGAUCCAAUGGCAUUAGUAAAUUACUUUGAUGCAAAGACAUAUGAUCCAAAGAAUUGUAUUAUCAUAGAUUAUCCUGGAAAUUCACCUUCAGCAUUAGGUAAAAAUAACACGAAUAACAAUAAUAUAGUUUUAAAAAUUAUAAAAACAAUGAUAUCAUCAAAAUUGUUUUCAUCAAUGACGAUGAAAACAAAUUUGUUGAAUAAAUCAGUAUUAACAACACCUGCAGCAACAUCGUUGCUGUCAUGUAGUAUAACAUCGAGCUCGAACAGACAAUCAUAUAGUAAUAGAACAGCAACAAAAACAAUAGCAUCAUAUACAUCUUUAUUCAAUAAUAGUAAUGGAAAUGCAUGUAAAUCAUUAGUUAUAAGAGAUCAUAAUAUCAUAAAGAAUAGAUUACCAUUAUUAUUCCAUUAUUGUACAUCAACAACCGUUACUUCAACUUCCACAACCAAUGCAACUGCAGCUGAAAUUAUAUUAGAUAAUCAACCACAACAACAACAACAACAACAAACUCAACAACAGCAAGAAAAAGAAAAACCAAAAGUAGUUAGUAAAUUUGGAUUUAUGAGAAAAGGUUACUUUAAUUUAGUUAAAUUUCCAAUUUCAGUUUAUGUAACAUUCACUGCUGUCGCUGGAUAUGUAAUGACUGUUCCAGUGGUGGAUCCACUUACUCUGGGCGUAGUGUCGUUCGGAACAUUCAUGGCAUCGGCAUCGGCAUGCGCUCACAACCAAGAGAUGGAAGUAAACUACGACUCAAAGAUGCCACGUACCAAAACACGUCCAUUGAUCACCGGUGAGAUUAAACGUGACACCGGUUUCCUCUUUGCUCUCGCCACCGGUGUUAUCGGUUGUGGAUCACUCAUUUUGGUGCAUCCAAUGUGUGGAGCACUCGCCAUGUCCAACAUCUUCAUCUACAUCUACUACACACACUUGAAGAGAACCACCUCGUUCAACACUUGGGUCGGUGCUAUCGUCGGUGCUAUACCACCACUCAUCGGAACCGUAGCUGGAGCACGUGAGAUUGAAGCGAUCGGUGGUUUACUUGCAACCGUUUUGUUCAUCUGGCAAAUUCCACAUUUCUUGGCGUUGGCCGAGAAGUUAAAGUCACAAUACGCUGCCGCUGGCUAUAGAAUGCUACCGGUGACACAUCCAACCUGGAACUUCCCAGUGUCGUUGGCUCAUGCUGUGGCCGGUGUGAUUGCACCACUCGCCAUCUACUAUACAUUCGACCCAAAUAUCACUUUGUUUACAACACUUGCAUUCUCGGCAUCGUCUUUUAUCAUGGGAUUGGAGUCGGUAUUGGAACAUCGAUACCAACAAAAGAUAGCAGAGGCAGCAGCAAAUGGAAUCAAACUACCACCACAAUCAAGAAAGCGUGGUGUAUUCUUCUUGUCUCUUAUUAUGCUGCCACUCUCACUCAUCAUCGGUAUGCUCUUUAGAUUACCAUAUGAAUACUUUUAUGAAACUCAAGAUAAACAAGGUCAAACAAAAGAAGAAUCAAUUUAUUAUGACCAAUAUGGCCGAGAUAUUCAAGUUACUAGUCCUUUAAUGUUGUUUUCUUUAUCAGCAUCAGGAAAGAUAUUAUUUUAUUUUUAA